UAGUAGCGGGGGCAGGUAUUGUUUAUGCGGAGUACGUAGAACUUUACGCUGACGUGAGAAUGGGGAAGAAGAAGAAAAGGGCGAAAUGGGUUCAGAAAAGAGUCCGUCCAUUGUUGCUACCUUUGGUGCCGUGUCAAGCUACGUCAGCUGCUGUGACUAGCACAUCUGGAGGAGCAGAAAGUGCAGCAGCUCCAGAAAAAGUAAUACGGGAGGACCUUACUGAUGAAGUGAGUGAAGUGGACUUUACGAAUGAAGUGACAGAGGUGGAAGAUACGAAUGACGAGAUAGACGUUCUCGGUAAAUAUGCGGUCCGCUUACUAGCUGCACAUCCUAAUAUUCUGUCAAAUGCAACACCCGACAUCUGGCAUAAAAUUACAGUGAAACCAGCUGGGGGUGACAAAGUAGCUAUUCUCGAUGCUAUCAACAAGCAAAUUUCUCCACUGGAGCUCAUUCCGUAUUUUUUUUGCAUGGAGGGUGGACAUAUAACAUUCCUAGUGAAUAACUGCAGCGCUGCACUGGCAGCAUUGUUCAAACAGAACCUCAGAGUGCCAUUUUAUCCUUUUAAGCAACGUGAAUUGGUACUCCAGCUUCAUUCCAAGAAAGUGAACCUCUCUGCAGUUCUGCAGAAAAUUAUCAGUAAAAGGCUAAAUUCUGAGAAAACGGUCUUAGACCUGUCAAACCUGAAUAGCAUUCCUGAGUAUCAGCAAGUGAUGUACGACCCAUCAAAAAGCUCUCAUUUACAGCAGCAGUUGCUGAAAAAUGCACAGGUAAUGGCUCCGAACCUCAUCAGCCUCUGCCUAGCAGGAAAUGAGCUGUCGACACUGAGCCACCUCACCCCAGUCUUUGCGGAUAAAACCAAAUGGAGGUCACUAAAAGUAUUAGAUCUGAUGGACAACGAGAUCCAGACAGCUGGUGUGCUGCCGACCCUUAAUUCUCUGCCUAUCACAGAAUUUUACUUGCACAAAAAUCCUGUGUGUGGGAAAUAUAAAACACGUGAGGCGUACACGAGCAUCGUCACAGCGAACUUCCCCCGUCUCAUUAAGUUGGUGAGUUAUAAAGAUGGGACGUACGUGCCGCACAUGCCAGGCUUACCACAGUGGCGUCCGAAUUACAUUUUCUGUAGCAGCCACGGUGACUCGAGUGAGUUCGCCGACCAGUUCAUCGAGUACUUUUUCACCCUGUACGAUGGUGAGGUUCGGACGGGGCUUCAAGGCUUGUACCAUGAGGACGCCUACUUCUCUCUCUCUAGCACGUACUAUGCUGGACAGAGCACAGCAACCAGUAAGGGGCUGAGCCCCUACAUAGCACAGAGUGGCAACAUCUUACAUAUGUCUAACAAACAGAAUACAAAAAUUGCACUAUGCCAUGGGGCGAAGAAUAUCCUCACAAAACUUCAGGUGCUGCCACAGACCCAACAUGACCCAUACUCCUUCACUGUGGAUGUCCUACAUCAUUCCGAGAUAAAGACUGUAUUGACAGUUACAGGGGUGUUCAAAGAGCUAACACCAAAACAAGACGAAUCGCCUCGACAUUUUAUGCGUACCUUUGUCCUUGUCAGACUAGCGAAAGAGGAAUAUCAGAUAGUUAAUGACAUUGUGCACGUUACAAAUGCGGCAACGGGAGAAGCAGAGAAUGCAUUUAAAUACCCAAAGCCAGAUACAGUCCUAAAGAAAAUCAGGCCACCGAGGGAGGUGACAGAGAGUGAUAAAAAUUCUAUGAUUGAAAAGUUUUCACAGCUUACCGACAUGACAGCUGAGUGGUCACACAGCUGCCUGGAUACUGCUGACUGGGACUUAAGAAGAGCUCUCCUAUUAUUCAUUGAAAUGUACAAAGCAGAUACAAUUCCAGCAAGUGGAUUCAGAAAACCAAAAGAAGCAGCGAAAUCUUGAAAGCGAGAAAGCUUUCUUCCCUAUUAGAGUAUAUGUGUCUGCAUAGCGUAUGAAGCAGCGACUGAGAAACAUUGCACGCUUUGUGAAUGUGGUAAUUGUUAUUACAGAAAAAGAUGAUGAAAGUUAGUUUUGAGACCGAUUAACUGAGGUACAUCUGGUGAAAGUUAGUUUUGUGACUGACUAACUGAGGUACAUCAGCAGGGAACAGAGUGCAGAGAGCAGUUAAUAUGAUGUUCGUUGUAUCCAAAGGAAAAUUCAACCGAAAGAACUCGUAAACUAUGGGCAAAAUAACUGUCCAAUAUUUGCUUCAAAGAAGUGAUACACACACAAAAGUAAAAGUACACAACACUAUCCUAGCU